AUGCUCACUACAUUGGUGAUCUGCUUUUUGCUUCUCCUGAUCGGGUCCAUCUUCCUUCGGAUGGUCCUGGACUGCACGCAAGAUAGCCGAGAACCGCCGGCGGUAGACUUGUCUAUCCCUUUCAUCAGUCCUUUCUUUCGCAUGUGUUGGACUGGCUUCGACUACUAUAGAAAGAACCGCCGGUUUCCAAUUUACACAAUACGUCUACCUGGCUUACGUCUGUAUGUGGUUAACUCGACCUCCCUCAUCUCAGCGGUGCAACACCAUCCUCGAACGCUCUCAUUCUCCCCAAUUUUGGCUCGGGUCGCUGGCACCUUGAUUGGUGCCACCAAGCCUGGUUGUAAAGUCCUGGGCGAUGAUGAUGAGAAUGGCUUCAUUCGUAGAUUCCAUGACUUCAACCAGUCCGCUCUGUCAGCUGGGCCAGGUUUGGAGGCCAUUCGGACCAGAUUUUGGGAACUCGUCACACUAUCUCAAUCCCGCCAAUACACUGAUUCGCCAGGGUACCCGGGUAUGUAUGAAUGGAUUUCCCACGAGGUCAUGAUGGCAACUUCCGAAGCCAUGUACGGCGUCCAAAAUCCGUUCCGAGAUCCUGGGAAUCGAGCAGCCUGGCAGCAAUACCAAAUUGGAACAACGCGGCUCACCAUCGGAUGGCUACCUUCAAUCAUCGCGAAUCAGCCUCUUCGUGCUCGCGAAGCGUUGGUCCAGUCAUUCGAACAGUACUACAGCAAACGCGGAUUUGAGGCCGACCAAGCAUCGUCUUAUAUGAAAGAUCAAUACCUUGUAUUCUCCAGAAGCGGGUUAUCGGACUCGGAUAUUGCCAGGACGCAGGCUGCCUUCAGCAUUGCAAUUCUAGGAAAUACAAUCCCCGCCGCAUUCUGGCUUCUCUACCACAUCUAUUCCAACGAAAUCAUUCUGCAAGACUGCCGCAAGGAGCUCUACGCCGCCCUACAAAAGAGAAGUCAAGAAAAUGAUGACCAUCGCCCCAUGCUAGAUCUCUCGAGUCUUGAGCAAUCUUGUCCAAUUCUGGCCUCCACCUUCAAGGAGACUCUACGCACGCAUUCCAUGGGCACUUCAGUCACUCAGGUGGUUCAAGAUCAAGUGAUUAAUAACCAGUACCUCCUCAAGAAGGGUUCCAUGGUAAUGAUACCGGCGAUCAUUCAACACAGCGACCCAUCGGUUUGGGGUGAUGAUGUGAAUGAGUUCAACUACCGCCGGUUCGUUCGACAGAAUACUAAUGAUCGCAAAAGAAGCCACAACCCGGUCGGCUUCCGUGUUUUCGGUGGUGGAUGGACACUAUGUCCCGGUCGUCAUGUCGCCGCAUCGGUGAUUCUAGGAUUUGCAGCAUGUACCAUUCUUAAUUUUGAUAUGAAGCCACGCAGUGGUGAAUGGGUGAUGCCGACCGUCGAGAAGUCGCAUUUGGGCGCCGCAAUUGCUCCGCCCGAUGAGGAUAUUGACAUUGAACUUCGCUGCCGAAGGAACGACGGAAGAACUGCUGUGUAG